UCAGAUCCCAGUGACCGAGAGCGCCGUGGCUGGGCUAGUGCCCUACAUCAUAAUUGCCUUCAUUCUGGCUUUCUGCUCAGCGACGGUCAAUUAUAUCAUGCCUUUCGUGUUUGGAGCAAUCACGCUGACGCUGAUUUUUGAAGCAGUGGGCCUGUUUGGUCGUUGGGCCUUGGUAGUCUCUGGUGUGCUUGAGCUGGUCAUAGUGUUGUGCGGACUCUAUGGAGCAGCAGCACUGCUGCUGAAAGGCAUCACCCAGAGGUACGUGCUUCCAGGCUUCGGCAAUGCACUCUUCAAUGUCCUACUCCUUGGGUCGGCCAACCGUAACUCCUCCAAGACAGCAGGAGAAGAGAAGAAAAAGAAUACAAAGUAUGCUGAGCCAAUGGCCCUGGGUUACCUCUGCGACACCAUCUCUCCUUUCAUCAUGGCCUUCUACUGCUUUGGUUAUAUGAAAACCUUUUACGUAGGUGCCAUCUGGAUCAGCAUCAAUGUCCUGUCUCAGCUGCUUUCCAGUUACUACAGUUAUCUGAGGGAUGACAUUUACCACGCCACCAAGUUUGCUUUCCACGCCAUCUUCUGGUUGGUCAAGUCAUGGGAAGAGUUUACCGCCACAGUUGUCCUCACAUCUACACAGGUCUCAGACGUCAGAGAGCUAUUGGUGGGUGACUGGUUCUUCCUGGCUUCAGCUUGCAUGUUCUGCUUUUUAUCGCUGAAUAAGGACGCCCUCGAUAUAGCACAUAAUGUUGCGUUCGUUCUAAUGACCGUGUCCACCAUCCAGCAAAUCCCAAGCCGAGCUUACUAUAUAUUCUUCGGAGUAACUUGCAGUCUGUUUACCGCUGUCUCCCUUUAUGCAACCUUUGCCACCCUCGUGAAUUCCAUAGCAGAGAAAGUCCUGAUACCCAUCGGAAACCUGGCGAUGUCAAGCGCCAAGUUCCAGGAAAUUUUGCUGUGGGGCAGGCAGUGCCUACAGAAGCCGGGACAGGAGCUAACCGUCAAGGAAAAUACCAGCUCCCACUCUUCUGACCCUCUCUUCUACCUCUGCAACGGCCUAGCUGCCCUUGCUGCCAUCCAGAGUUCUCUAAACUAUUCAAUCCAAGCACAUUUAUCGAUUCCCUGGGUGCUCAUACCUGGCGCCAUCAUCCAACUGUACAUCUGCAGAAUCGACGUCCAAGGAGGUCGAAGAUUUGGCUCCGUUCUCCCGUUUUGUUACUCUGCUGUCUGGGCCACCUGGGUCUGGCUACGUUUUACAGGUCCACUGCUGGGGAUUGAUCCAAACAACGAUGGGGGGUUCACAGUGGGAGCAAUCUUCUUUCUGGUACUGAACAUCUUCAUGAUUACCUUUGCCGCUCACGCCAACACCGUCCUACUUCUUCUCACUAUAAUGAUGGAGGCCGUGAUAGUCAGUUUUCUGCUCUUCACGCUGGAAAAGCUUCCUCUGCAGUAUGAAAUAACCGUGCUGUCCAUAUUCAGCAUCAUCUGUAUCUACGGCUUCAUGGCUUCUCUGGCAAACUGCUUGUUCAACAAAGAGCUCAUCCCAGUGGGACCCUCGGUAUUCAAGAAGGAAGAGCCAGAGAAGAAGGAAGAAGCCUCCGGUUCAUGCCUCCUGCAGAAUUCUCAUCGCACAAGUGGUUUGAGGACAAUAGCAAAUAUACUAGAGGAUGGAGGGGUGUGCGGGAUUCCAACAGACACGGUCUACGCUCUUGCGGCUUCCUGCAAACAUCCAGAAGCCAUCAAAAGGAUUUAUACUAUCAAAGAAAGACCUUCAGAAAAACCUAUUUGUAUCUGCAUUUCCAACCUGGAUCAGCUGAGGGUCAUCAAUCCCCCCUUCAGCCCCCUGCUAUGGAGGUUCAUGGACAUGGUAUACCCUGGAGGCAUAAGCUGCAUUGUAAAGAAAGGCGAAUGGCUCAAAAGACUAGGUGUGGGGCCCGCGUAUGAGUUUGUUGGGACGCCGGACUCCAUCAUGAUUAGGGUCCCCGACCACUCCGUCACGGCCCAUCUUACCGAUAUGACGGGACCGUUAGCCAUCACCUCUGCCAACCCGAGUGGAGAAAGCGACAGUACCCACCAUGACCAUGUCACAUCGUAAGUAGCAGGGA